UCAAAUUCAGUCUCUCAUCACAGCUCAGUUUACACUCAGUCAAACAUCAGGCAUCCAGGUGUAUGUAUGACUUGUGGCUGUGUUACAAAUGAUCUUUUCUUAUAUCAUGUGUUUUCUUCUCCUGUUUUCCUUUCUCAAAAUAUGACUCCAUGCCAUCAGUCGCUGGACAAGUUACGUUGAAGACCAGAUCCCUUUGAGGCUCUUCUUCAUUUUGGCCGUGAUGGCAGCAAUGUUUUCCAACUGCUUUUUCCUCCUUAGCUGUUCCUCCUGUUUAUCCUCAAGCAGUUUCUGCUGUACAUUAAGAGAGCAGCCGAUACACGAGGUUUGAAUGAAGGUUGGAAAAGUAUUCAAAAUAAACUGUGAUCCAUUCGAUUAUUGGAAAGUUUUGACUCAGACAUAGAACCCAAAUGUUUGUGUAGCUUAUAAUUCACACCAUGUAUUGUUGUUUUUCAUUCCAUGUCACUAUGUGAAUGUAAACGUAUGCACAUUUAUAAUGCAUGUGAUUAAUGAGUAAAUGUGUGUUAUGUUAACACAAUAUUUCAGUCACUUGAAUCUUCAUAUUUAAUGACUCCUCCAUAAAGAAUGCAAGAGUAGUUCAAAAAAAGAAAACUGGUCAAAAAAAGAAAUGGCCUACACAUAUUGAGGAGGAACCAUGUCUCCCAAAACUAUGCUGGUAUGAGGCUCGCUGAGACUCGAUAUGAAAGACUAUGCGAGCUCCUCCCGCACUACCGUAAUCGGAUCGGUCGGUGAGGACGUGGCGUGGCGGAAAACCCGGAGAGAGGAGCACAGAGAGACGCUGCCUGCGCAAGCUCGCUGACACGACAGCAGAGCUCUGUUCUUCCACGUGGACCCCGUCAUUGACCAAAACACUCCGGUCGCCGUGGCAGCCGCGGGGAGCGCGCAUGCCGCCGCCGUUGCGCAGUGCAGACCGGUAGGCGCGAGCAGGGCGGUGCGAGCCAGAGGUGUUCCCCAGAUGUGAACCUUACAGCGCAGACCUGCCUGAAUUAAUACGGUUUUUUGUCCACACAUCAACUAUGCAGACAGGUGUGUUCAUGGAGUCUCACCUGGGCGGGUUGGUCCCAUGUGUCCUGUCCAUGUUCCUGUUAAUACACUUGUGCCAGGCUGCACCAGGUGUCCCUGGGACACAAAGGGAGGAAUCGGUCGACCCUUCAGCAGCACUAGCCAAUCCAUUUGACUCCGGAGACCGCAGAUUGCUGCAAAGUUACAUUCAAUCAAGUCUGAAGGAUGGCCAAGGAGGACCAGAAAUCAGCACCUGGGAGCAAGAGGUGUUCUUCCUGUUCGGUCUUUACGACUACGAUCGCAGUGGGCUGCUGGAUGGCUUGGAGGUGAUGAAGCUUCUUUCAGACUAUAACUCCCAUCAUACACCUGGAGCACACACCAAUGAGCUGGUGGUGUCAAUGGUAGAUUUUUUACUACAGAGUCAGGAUCUAAACCAGGACGGCCUGUUGGGCCCAUCCGAGCUGCUGUCUCCUCCAUUACCUCACACACAGGACUCCAGCAACAACAAUGCACCUCACCAGGAGCAGGAGGUGGUAGCAGAGGACAAGGCAGAAGCAGCAGAGGCGAGAGAGGAGUUAAAGACAGAAGAAGAGGAACUCAUAAAUCAAGUAGUGGAUGAACAGCAUGGACAACAAAUCCCAGAAGCCCCAGCAGCAGAACAUGGACAGCACCACAAAGUCCCUGUUCAUCAGGGACAACCAGAGAUGUGAAUAUACACACAUUACGGUCCACAUAAUAAUUUAUCUUGAGUCAGCAGAAGACUGUUGAGUGAGUUAAACAUACCACUAAGAGGACCUCUUACUCUUCAUCCCCACAAAUCUGUCUCUUGACUAUAAUUUUGAGAUAGUGAUAUCAUUUUCAUUUGACUGUUAAACACUAAGACGGUUGUUUAGUGAAAAGAUUAAUGUAUUGAAAGUAUUCCUGUUACUUUUGAAACCAUUUUUCUACAACCAGUAACGACUGGUUUUAUUUAUGAAUGCAAAGAUUUCUAUAACUGUAAAAGGGACAUAGGUCCUGAAUUCAAAAUGCAAUACGACUCAUGUUCGUGAAACAGAAGCCAUCCUUAAUGGAGAUUAGUACAUUGCAAUAUUUUUUUCCCAGCAAGUGAAACAGUUGAUUAUCUAAUAUUAAAUAAUUCAAAAGUGUAUUUUCUUUUCUUUAAUUAUAUUUAUUUAGCCUUUUCUUUUAGGCCUAAAAAAAAAGCAUAUAUUUUUAAAGUGUAUUUAGUUUUUCUCUGUAGUUGUCUUCUGUACACCCUGAUUGGCCUUAUUGUGUCUGCCCCACUCUAGGAUUAGCUCCUAAUAAUUAUGCACCAAGGGGUCCGUUGUAUAAAUUUACCAAAUAAGCCAGGUUUAUUUCAGUUAGUCCGACUCAUUUUCAACUGACUCGGUUAAAUAAAGAACAUUCAACAUUGUUCAAGCUCAGUUACUUUCAGUUUUCGGAAACUAACCUGGUCCGGGGCAGGCUCACUGUCGGGCUCACUGUCGGGCUCAGCCCGAGUUGUUUCUUAACCAGAGUUCCUGUAACACACUGACCACUGAGCGAUGAUUUUAACUCUGAUUUUCUGGAGUGAUGCCAUAUUAUUUGACUUUAUUUACCACCAUUAGUCAUAAAGUAGAAAAUCAACUUGGAUAAAUUAUAUGAUAAAAAAUGACAAGAAAGGCUGACAUAUGUGUUUAAUUAUAUGGCAUGCGAUAUCAAACUUAACGUCUUUAUGUAAUUUACCCCCAAUAGAAUGAUGAUAGCCACAAAGAAAGCAUUUGCAAAAAAACACAUUGACCAGAAAUGUAUGGUUAGGGUUCUGUUCUUACAAACUGUUUGAAUGUAUUGGCCUAAUAUUUAAUUAGGUUGGAUCAGAAUAUUUUAUUACAUUUUAAUCUAUGAUUACUGUAAUCUGACUCCCCCCAAAUGCACAAACCAACAACAAAGCCAUGGAAUUUAAUUUGGUCUUCCUUGUGUAUUACCUCAGCCUAGACAAUGACUUCAUCAAUUUAUUGAGUAAAAUUAGGUUAUUAAAAAACCCACAUAUUAUUAUGCAAUAUCAGCCAACCCUUUGUUUCUUUUGAUGCACUUGUUUAAGAUCCAGUAAGUGUUUUAUUUUGCUGAGGAUUUUAAUGUACCUGAAUGAGUUGGGAACCAUGGAACUACAGAUCAAUAUUGUGCUCUUAAUGUGUACUUAAUGAGUUAUAGCUUUCUACCAUCAGUCUUUGGUGGUACAGACUUAAAAAUGUCAUCUUUUUAUCAAGGUCAGGAAUGCCCCAUUAAGUUAUUCACCAUAAUGUCAUAUUUAGUCUUUAACUCUAAACUUGAAUUUGUUUACAGUAUGAAAGCCAGGGUUUACCAUUUGUUGUAAUUUUGGUUGUUUACCCUUUUUAGCCAUUUAUGCGUUUAUAUAGCUGGAAAAAAUAAAGCAAACUUUUCUUUGUCCCACUGCCUUUCAUUCUGUCUCCUGUUUCUAAGAUUUGUUGAAUUUGUCGGAACCAGAAUGUGCGUUCAAAAGAUAAGGUGCCAUACAUCCUCUGAAAAUACAUCACGGCAUCUCAUAUUACAGUCUGAACUUAUUAAUGAGGAGUGAUACUUGUAAGAUGCUUUUGUUACAAUGUUUGCCAAUAAAAUACCGAUA